CUCCCUACUGAAGUGAGAUUUUUUUUAUUUGUAAUCUCUUAAGUAGCUUUGCCAAAAAAAAAAAAAACACCUCGGUAGCCGCUUGAGAGAGAGAUUACGGUCAACCAAGUUCUCGCCGGCCACUGCCUUUCCACCACUGUAGCCGCUGUCUCUGACUGACUUAGCCUACUUUGAAUUCUAAGAAGUAAUGGAGUCGUUUGAGCCAGAUAAAAAUGGGUCGCAGAACGACUUGCCUCCUCCACCGGUUGUUCCGCCGGAUGUUGUUCCUCUUCGAGCAGAGCCUGAACUGGUGAAGAAGAAGGCUGUUAGGGUUCCGAUAGCUAGGCGUGGUCUAGGAUCCAAAGGCCAGAAGAUUUCUCUUGUUACUAACCACUUCAAAGUGAAUGUGACGAAUGUUGAUGGCUAUUUCUUCCAUUACAGUGUUGCUCUCUUUUAUGAAGAUGGUCGUCCUGUUGAUGGAAAAGGCGUUGGAAGGAAGGUCAUUGAUCGAGUUCAAGAAACUUACGAUUCUGAGUUAGAUGGGAAGCACUUUGCAUAUGAUGGCGAGAAGAGCUUAUUCACUGUUGGUCCUCUUCCGCGCAACAAGCUUGAGUUCACCGUUGUGCUUGAGGACAUCUCGUCUAACAGAAACAACGGGAAUGCAAGCCCUGAAGACCAUGGUAGUCCAAAUCACAGUGAUCGGAAGAGGUUGCGACGACCAUAUCAGUCCAAAACAUUCAAAGUGGAGAUCAGUUUUGCUGCUAAAAUACCCAUGCAAGCCAUUGCAAAUGCCCUUCGGGGACAGGAGUCAGAGAACUCUCAAGAAGCCAUAAGGGUUCUGGAUAUUAUAUUGCGUCAGCAUGCGGCUAAACAGGGCUGCCUCCUUGUUCGCCAAAACUUUUUUCAUAAUGAUCCAAGGAAUUUCGCAGAUGUUGGGGGUGGUGUUUUGGGCUGUAGAGGGUUUCAUUCAAGUUUUAGAACCACUCAGGGGGGCUUGUCUCUGAAUAUUGAUGUAUCUACAACCAUGAUAAUUCAGCCUGGUCCUGUUGUGGACUUUCUAAUUGCCAACCAAAAUGCGAGAGACCCCUUUCAACUUGACUGGACUAAGGCAAAACGAACGCUAAAAAACCUGAGGAUCAAGGCUAUCCCCUCCAAUCAAGAGUACAAGAUAACUGGUCUGAGUGAGAGACCUUGCAAAGAGCUAACGUUUCAACUAAAAAGAAGGGAUGGGGAUGGCGAACCUCUUGAAUUAACUGUUUAUGAAUAUUUUGUUAAUCAUCGCCAUAUAGAAUUAAGGUAUUCUGCGGAUUUGCCAUGCAUUAAUGUUGGGAAGCCAAAGCGUCCUACUUAUAUUCCAAUUGAGCUCUGUUCUUUGGUAUCCUUGCAACGUUACACAAAAGCACUUAAUACUUUCCAAAGAGCUUCUUUGGUCGAGAGAUCAAGACAAAAGCCACAUGAGAGGAUGAGUACUUUAUCAAAUGCUCUGAAAUCUAGCAAAUAUGAUUCUGAACCUAUGUUACGAUCAUGUGGCAUUUCUAUCAGUAGUAGUUUUGCCCAAGUAGAAGGCCGUGUUUUGCCGGCUCCAAGGCUAAAAAUAGGCAAUGGUGAGGAUUUCUUUCCCCGAAAUGGGCGCUGGAACUUUAAUAAUAAGAGACUUGUGCAGCCAUGUAACAUAGAGAAAUGGGCUAUUGUGAACUUCUCAGCACGUUGUGAUGUUCGCAACCUGGUACGAGAUCUGACAAGAUGUGCAGAGAUGAAAGGAAUUAAUGUAGAGCCUCCUUUUGAUGCAUUUGAGGAGAGUCCACAGUACAGACGAGCCCCACCUACAGUUAGAGUGGAGAAAAUGUUUGAGGAGAUACAGUCUAAGCUUCCUAGUGCCCCAAAGUUUCUUUUGUGCUUACUUCCAGAGAGGAAAAACUCAGACAUAUAUGGUCCUUGGAAGAAGAAAAAUCUUGCCGACUUUGGAAUUUUCACUCAGUGCUUGGCUCCACAGAGGGUCAAUGACCAGUAUCUGACUAAUCUUCUGUUGAAGAUCAAUGCAAAGCUUGGUGGGUUAAAUUCUUUGUUAGCAGUGGAGCAUACACCUUCUAUUCCAGUUGUUUCCAAGGUUCCUACGAUUAUCCUUGGGAUGGAUGUGUCACAUGGCUCGCCUGGGCAUUCUGAUGUCCCAUCAAUUGCUGCGGUGGUCAGUUCCAGGCAGUGGCCUCUGAUUUCUCGAUAUAGGGCAUCUGUUCGCACACAAUCUCCAAAGGUUGAGAUGAUUGACUCCCUUUUUAAACGAGUAUCUGACAAUCAAGAUCAAGGGAUGAUUAGGGAGCUUCUGUUGGACUUCUAUAGUAGUUCAGGGAAAAGGAAACCUGAUCAGAUCAUCAUGUUCAGGGAUGGCGUCAGUGAAUCUCAAUUCAAUCAAGUAUUGAAUAUUGAACUGGAUCAGAUAAUUGAGGCAUGCAAGUUUCUUGAUGAGAAAUGGAACCCUAAGUUUGUGGUGAUUGUUGCUCAAAAAAACCACCAUACAAAAUUCUUCCAGCCAGGAUCUCCUGAUAAUGUUCCACCUGGUACUGUCAUAGACAAUAAAGUCUGUCAUCCAAGGAACAAUGAUUUCUAUCUCUGUGCACAUGCUGGAAUGAUUGGAACUACAAGGCCCACGCACUACCAUGUUCUAUUAGAUGAGGUUGGCUUUUCAGUGGAUGAUCUUCAGGACCUAGUGCAUUCUUUGUCAUACGUGUAUCAAAGAAGUACAACAGCCAUAUCUGUAGUUGCGCCAAUAUGCUAUGCUCACCUGGCUGCCACCCAGUUGGGAACAUUCAUGAAGUUUGAAGACACUUCUGAGACGUCCUCAAGCCAUGGUGGUGUAACCUCUGCUGGAGCUGUUCCUGUCCCUCAGUUGCCAAAAUUGGACGAUAAAGUAUGCGAUUCUAUGUUCUUUUGUUGAGGCUUUUGAGCCAGUAUCUGGUCUAGUAAAUAUGGAACUUGAAGAUACCUUGUACAUGGUUUUGGCCGGGGGGUGGGUGGGUGGGGGUGGGGGUUUUGAUGCUCCUUGGCUGGGAGUUGAACCCCGCCUGCAGGUUAAUAUCUAUUAGUUUGUUAGACAGAACUAUCCCUGCACCUAGGCUUUUUAUUUUGUUGAGCCUCUUGGUUCACCUUUUGAUGCUGCUUGUAAGGCUUAACAAGAAGACUUGUUUUAUGACUAGGCCGUGUUUUGCUUUCAGUUGUAUUGCUGGUUAUUUUGCCUAAAUUUUUGGAGUGUUACUUGCAUACGUUGAUGGUUAAGAGGUACGAGUAGAGAUUUGGAUUU